AUGAGGGUUGCUGUCUCGGAACCACUGUCAUUGCCUCCGUUGCCGUUCUGGCCCCCCCUCGCGAGUGCUGUCGGCAACGCUGUUGUCGAGAAUCACUGCGACUCCCCUGUUUACCUGUGGUCCGUUGGCAGCUCUGUCGGUGAACGCCAGACCAUCGACCCGGGCGCGAACUACUCCGAGGAGCUGCGCCACGACGACGUCUCCGGCGGCAUUGCCCUGAAGAUCACGACCACCGAGAACGGUCUGUACGACGGCAGCCCCCAGACUGACUUUGCCUACGCCCUGUCCGGCACGGAGGUCUUCUAUGAUUUGUCUGAUGUCUUCGGUGACCCCUUCAGUGGCAAGACCCUGGUGGUCAACCCGUCCGUGGACACCUGCAACAACAUCUGCUGGAGCGGGGGCAUUGCUGCGACGGCUGCGAGCCAGACCGAGUCGUGCACCUCGGACUCGGACGUCACGCUGACCCUAUGCGCCGACUCAUGCUAG